UUAAAAGACUCUAGUUGGACAGGCGCCACUAUUGUACUCCACCGUCACCGACGUUAUCACUUGCACCUCUCUCCCCCUCUCUCUCUCUCUCUCUCUCUCUCUCUCUCCUCUGGAAAUUCAGUUCAAUUCCCAAAUGUUACUAUUAGGUUUGUAGUUAUAUCCUUCUCGGGCAGUCUCUGAAAAUGGCUGCCACCGUUCCUUUCUUUCAAGCCCCAUCCUCAUGGUCCAUCAAAAGCAAGCAUCAAACCAAGAUACACAACUUGAAGCCCAACCUUGGAACUUCUCGACGACGCCCGGUGAUUAGAUGCUCUUCUUUGAAUGGCGGAGAACCGGAAUCUGUGGAUAAGGAGACCGAGAGCGUCCAGCGGUUACUUGAAGAGAAACGCCGUGCCGAAUUAUCGGCUCGUAUUGCUUCCGGGGAAUACACAGUGCAGCGUUCUGGUUUUAUAUCGCUGUUAAAGAAUGGUUUAUCAAAGUUUGGAGCUCCUAGUGGCAUGCUAGAGUUGCUAUCUCAGUGGACCGGUCCACGUGAAGAUUAUCCAAAGAUUCCUGAGGCUAAAGGAGCAAUUAGUGCUAUUCGGAGUGAGCCAUUUUUUAUUCCCUUGUAUGAACUUUACCUUACUUAUGGUGGCAUCUUCAGAUUGACAUUUGGGCCCAAGUCUUUUCUGAUAGUUUCUGAUCCUUCCAUUGCUAAGCAUAUAUUAAGGGACAACUCAAAGUCUUAUUCAAAGGGCAUUCUUGCGGAAAUUCUAGAAUUUGUGAUGGGAAAGGGACUUAUCCCAGCUGAUGGGGAGACAUGGCGUGUUAGACGACGUGCGAUAGUCCCAGCAUUGCAUCAGAAGUAUGUAGCAGCAAUGAUUAGCUUGUUUGGGCAAGCUACGGAUAGACUAUGCCAGAAGCUCGAUGAGGCCGAUUCAAAUGGAGAAGACGUAGAGAUGGAGUCACUUUUCUCCCGUUUGACAUUGGACAUUAUCGGAAAAGCAGUUUUCAAUUAUGAUUUUGACUCUUUAACAAAUGAUACUGGAAUCGUUGAGGCUGUAUACACAGUCCUGCGAGAAGCAGAAGAUCGAAGUGUUCAACCAAUUCCAUUUUGGGAGAUUCCCAUAUGGAAAGACAUAUCACCCAAGCAAAAGAAGGUCAAGGUGUCCCUCAAGCUGAUCAAUGAAAUACUUGAUAACCUGAUUGCUAUAUGUAAGAGGAUGGUAGAAGAAGAAGAGUUACAGUUUCAUGAAGAUUACAUAAAUGAACAAGACCCUAGUAUUCUCCACUUUCUCUUGGCGUCAGGAGAUGAUGUUUCUAGCAAGCAACUCCGCGAUGAUCUGAUGACAAUGCUUAUAGCUGGACAUGAAACAUCUGCUGCAGUACUCACAUGGACUUUCUUUCUUCUUUCGAAGGAACCUAGUGUUAUGAGCAAGCUUCAAAAUGAGGUAGAUUCAGUUCUAGGAGACCGGUUUCCAACUAUUGAAGACAUGAAGAAGCUUAAAUACACGACACGAGUAAUCAACGAAUCCUUAAGGCUCUAUCCACAGCCUCCUGUUCUUAUUCGUCGUUCUCUUGAAGAUGACAUGCUUGGGAAGUACCCAAUAAGAAGAGGCGAAGAUAUUUUUAUAUCUGUUUGGAACUUGCAUCGUUGUCCAAAGCACUGGGAAGAUGCUGAUAAAUUCAAUCCUGAGAGAUGGCCACUAGAUGGCCCUAAUCCAAAUGAGACGAACCAAAAUUUCAGUUAUUUGCCCUUUGGUGGAGGACCGCGAAAAUGUGUUGGCGACAUGUUUGCGUCAUUUGAGAAUAUAGUAGCAGUGGCCAUGCUAGUUCGACGAUUUAAUUUUGAAGUGGCUCUUGGGGCUCCUCGUGUUGAAAUGACUACUGGGGCAACAAUACACACAACAGAAGGGCUGAAUAUGAGAGUCACGCGUCGGAUAAAGCCCCCAAUAAUACCUGAAUUGGAGAUGCCGGUGUUAAAUGGAAAUUCCGGGGGCCUUUCUGAAGUGGAACCAGAACUUGCUCAGAGAGGUAAUUCCUAAGUAACCUUGCUUUGCAACAUUCAAGCAACUAAAAUAUGAGUUUCUAUUGCUAGCAUGGAAUGUUGUACAGAAGAAAUUGCUGUACCUCUGUAGCCAUGUUUGUCAUUUUUCAGCUGUCCUAAUAAACGGGAAAUAAAUUUGUUCUUAUCUUGUUCCCUUCCAAAGGCUGCCAAUCAUGAAAAGCUGUAUUCAAACUACUACCUUUAUUCAACAAAUACUAGUCCCUUCCUGGAAUUCCAGAUGGCGACAUGCACUCAUUUGAAUCCA